CAUGCCAGGAACAAGACCACAAGCUUAUCAGGCCCUAGGACAGCGAACAAAGGCAAACUGGGGGCCGCAAGGGUCUGCGCAAAGCGUACAGGGCAAACAAUUCAUUUCAGAUAGAAGGGCUUUCGCUGAAUGACCGGUCUUCACCACCUAGCGUGAUAGCUUUCCAAGAGGCGGGAGCCUGGGAUCACUUCUGAGACUGCUGUCCGGGGAGGAGGAGCCAUGGCGAGCAGCGUCUGGACUGCCACGGUUUGGGGAAAUGGGAAGGCCGCCAUCAUCGCCUCUAACAACAGAAAGAUUCGUCCUGGCGAGGAGGAAUGCUUUAUCUGCAAAGAUGACGUGCCGGCCUCAGUUGCACUGCGUCCGUGUGGUCACAAAGUUUGCUUCGGCUGCGUGGAGAACCUUCGCGCGAAGAACAUCUUCAGGGCGGACAAGGGCGUGAAGUGCCCCUUCUGCCGCCAGUACGUGGAGCAGUACGACCCCUGCAACAGCGCGGACCCGGAGCAGGUGCGGCUGCUGAAUGAGGCCAACCGCGCAGCCGCGAUCGCGCAGGCCAGCCGCGCGCCCGGCGGCGCAGCAGCAGGCCCGGGCGGCGGUGGCACCGGCGGGGGCGGCGGCUGGGGCGGUGCUGCUACUGCUGCUGCUGACGACAACUGGAUGUGUGGCACCUGCCGCUGCCUGAACCUGGCGCACCGCGACGAGUGCGGCUCCUGCGGGCGGGCCAACCCGCGCGGCCCCCGGCCGACCGCCAUCACGGCCAGCACCCGUGGGAAGGAUGUGCUCAAGUGCUCGGAUGAUGAGGUCAUCGGGUUCAUGCAGGAGAAGCAGCAGCCCAACCUGCAGCGCUGCUACCAGGAGAUUGGCAUCGGCUUCGGGGCGGGCCGCGUGGUGUCUGACGAGGACACGCCCCGCCGAAUCCUAAACGCCUUCAAGCAGCGCGGCGAGGAGCGCAUGCUGCGACUCAUCAACGUUGUGUCAGACCCAGGCGUGUUCUACGAGUGCUCCACGCACUUCCUGGGCAACUACGGCAUGCAGUCGCUGGUGGAGGCCACGCUGCUCAUCCGCAAGGCGCUGGCGGAGGCGGAGGCGGAGGGCCAGUACCCGCUGCAAUCGUUCCGCGAGUCGCAUGAUGGCCGCGACCCACAUGGCGUGCUGCUGUACGCGGCGCUGCCGCAUGCCAUGGAGCUGUCCACGGACGAACGCGCCAACUACAUCGUGCAGAAGCUGGCGGACUACGCCACGCCCUUGGAGCUGGUGGAAAUGUGCGGCACGCUGUUCCCGCAGGGCCCAUCGCUGGCGCAGAACCACAAGGGUGUGUACGUGAUGAACAAGCUGGUCGCCAAACUGCGGGACGUGUGCUCGGACAGCGCCUACCGCGUGGAGCAGUGCGAGCUGGCGGACCAGCUGUGCUGCGCCUACAUCGAACAGCAAGACAAGCUCAAGUACGCGCUGCACAACGGCCUGUCCAGCAAGGUGCUGGUGACUGCAAUCGGCCUGGGCUUACCCCGCUUCGGCGCAGUGCAGCUGGGCAGCCGCGUGGCCAGCUACGCCGCGCAGCUGACCGCCAGCAAGAACGGCCACCAGGCCGUCAUCGCCAUGCUGGAGAUGGAGCCCGCCGACGCCACGUGCGCGGAGCUGGUCCGCGACCUGGUGGUGAUGGUGGGCCUGAAGCUGCAGGGCGGCCUGGUUGGGCUGCUGCUGCGCCGCACCAUGCCCGACGACCGCGGGCCCACGCUGGUGCGGCUGCUGGUGCAGCGGCUGGCGGAGCACCAGGAGACGGGGUGGCUGGACGCGGUGUGCCAGGAGCUGGUCAACUACGGCGACGUGAUCGCGGAGAGCCCGGAGGCGUGCGAGAUCCUCAAGGAGGCGCUGUGCCACUCGGUGCUGGACGACGACACAGUGCUGGAGCACCUGCUGCAGCUGCGGCACGUCAUCACCAACGAAGUGACCAUGGCCGCCAUCGAGGACGACGUGUGCGGCCGGCGCGACGCCGCGCCACCGCCGCCGCCGCCGCGCUACUUCGCGCCGUCUGUGCUACUGCCUGACCUCAAGUACCGCCUGGCCAGCGGUGAGGUGGUGCUCAUGACCGCGCCGCCGCCACCGGGCAGGGCCAACGGCUUCAACAGCUUUGGUGGCGGCGCCGCCGCCAACGGCCACCACGGCGCCGGGCACGGCGGCCGCGGAGGCGGGCGUUUCGGCGGCCGCGGGCGUGGCGGGCGCUUCGGCGGCCGGGGGCAGCACCAGCAGCAGGCGCAUGUCACGCCGGCGCCGCCGGCAACGUUCGACGCGUCCUUUUUCGCGGAGGGGCUGUUCGACCCUGCCGCGCCCGUGCAGGCCAGCAGCGGAGCUGACGGCUGGGCAGCGGCGGCGGAUGGGACAGAUCCCUGGGCCGCGUCCACAGGGGCCGACGGCUGGGCGGCGGCACCGGAGCCGGCCAACGCGCAGCCGCGGCAGCAGGCGCAGCAGCCGGCAGCUGCGGCAACCCACGUCGGCCACGCGGCAGGGCUGGCGAUCCUGCAGUCGCUGCAGACUCAACAGCAGCCGCAGCAACAGCAGCACAGCCACGCGCCUGCAGGGGUGGCGGCCGCUGCCCCCGCACCAGCACACCCACAGCCGCAGCCGCAGCCCGUGAUGGUGACGCCAGUGGUGGUGUCGGCGGCAUCUGCGGCAUCCCACAGCGCACCGGCUGCGGCGCCACGGCCACACCCGCUGCUCGCGGUGAACCCUGCGCUUGCGGCGGCGCGGGCGCUGCACCAGCAGAACCACGCGCCGGCCAACGGGCCGGCGGCGUCUGGCCAGCCCCAGAUCAUCACGCCGCAGAUCAUGACACCCACGGUUGUGCAUGUCACGCCUCAGGUGCACCACCAACAGCCGCAGCAGUACCAGCAGCAGCCGCAGCAGUACCAAUUGCAACCGCAGUACGCGCCGGCAGGGGUGGCGCCGGCGGCGGCUGCGCUGCCGCGCCCCAGCCUGGGCUUCCCCAUGGCUCUGUUUAACCCAGCCAUGGCCGUGCUCAACAACACAGCCGGCAUUGCGGCCUUUGCGCCGCGCGGGCCGCACGUGGCCACGACUAUGGCGGCGCCGCGGCCGGUGACGGCGGUGCCGGUGGCCGUGCCGCUGAACAGCAUGCCGAUGCCGCAGCCGUCGGCAACCCUGGCGGCGUCUGCGCGGUCCGCGCCCGUCAACGGUCCCGUGGCAACCACCAGCAGCGCCGCUGCGGCUGCAGCGGCAGCCGCCGCCGCGGCAGCAGCCUCGGCUCGCGCAGCACCGCGCCCGGCCGCGCAACCGCAGGCGCCUCCGCCUCCGCCGGCAACGGGCGCUCCUGUACCGGGUGGCCCGUGGCAGUGCAAGAUCUGCACGUACGAGCACAAGGGCGGCGAGGCGCAGUUCCUGGCGUGUGCAAUUUGCGGCUGCGAGCGCGGCAUGCAGGAGCUGCCGUCUUAAGGCUCUUGGCAGCUUUUGUGACGGUGCUACUACGUGUGCGCGCGCCUUUAAGGAGUAGGCAGCUUCAUAGACACGGCGUCAGGCUUAAACAGUGUGUAGCUAUGGCGGGGGCCAGGUCGAAGAGGAAUCCCUCUGUAGCUUGAACAAUGCGUGAGCGAGGUGCUGUAGGUGAAGCUGGCAGGCUCGAUAGCAGCAACACGCACGUCCAGCUCCGAUGCUUUGCGUGGGUGUACCGGGUGUCAGCACUGGGUCAUGUUACUCACACCUAAUGGUGUAGAUGUGCGCUCCGGCAGUUCGUGAUGCUUUGAGUGUCACAGACGACAAGGCAAUGGAUGGCAUGAGCGUGGGCAAGGUAGGGGCGCUGGACCACUGGUGCCGGCCUUCAUGGACACUAAUGAUGCAGGAUGAGCUGGGGCGGUGGGGAAUGGGAAGUGGGACCACCUGAUAUGACCGCUGCUGAGCUGAGGUGCUCAAGGGCAGUCGGCGUGCAGCAGAUGUAACGUUGCAAUAAG